AUGCUGUUAACCUAUUUGGAAGCCAGCUGGGACCUUUGCGAGACGGACUCAGUUCUUUUUGGCGCCGCAGUGGCAGCUUGCCGUAUUAUUGGCGCCAAACUUCCCAUGGCUGGAUGCGCUACUAAACAAAGUAGCGCCAUCCCAGCCUGGAGAAAAAGAAUUGAGGACCGUAUCGCAAAGGCAAGGGCCCUUAUCGGCAGACUGAUAAGCUUCAGGUCGGGUAAUAAUAGACCGAGGGUUGUGCGCACCGUUAGAAUGGCGUUUGCUGGGACAAAUAUCAGUUUGUCCCAGCCGGAUAUCACGCAGAAACUAAUGGAGCGCAUAGACGACCAGAAGCAAAAGAUUGCUGCUUGA